AUGAUACAGAAGAUGCAUUUACGAAUACAUUUGGUACCAACAAUUAGACUGAGUGCAAUCACUGCAAGACUACAAUGUCACUGUCAAAACUAUUUGUAUUGUUGUCCCACCGAGAGUCAGGUUUGGAAAGUCUGAACCCUCGGCCGGACUCUCCGCAUCCACAGUAGUCAACGAUGUCGUGCAUCGGUGGCACAUAUAAAUACUUACAAACCACGCUCCCGUCGACUCCGUCCGCCGAAACCGCGCCGAACAGAGCGUCCUAACGCACGCUCACGCGUCAAUAAAAAAAAAUACAACCAAAAAAAAAAAAACAAAAAUGAACAAUGCCGAAUUGUAUCAACAAAGCAACACUUUACAGAAAAGGGAUGCCCUUCAGUGUUUAGAAGAAUACGCGAAGAAAAUCAAAUGGAAAAACGAUGGUGAUACAGUCAUCGACAUAGGCUGUGGGGAUGGAAGUGUGACUAGUAGUAUCCUGAAAACGUUUUUGCCUUAUAAUUACAAGAAGCUCGUAGGCUGUGAUAUUAGCGAGAAAAUGGUCCAGUUUGCGAAUAAGCACCACGCUACUAGUCAUACCAGCUUCAAAGUGCUCGAUAUAGAGGGACGUUUGCCCGAUGAGAUGAGAGGAAAUUUCGAUCACGCAUUUUCUUUUUACGCGCUCCACUGGAUAAAGCACCAAGAGACCGCUUUCACCAACAUCUACAAGCUGCUAGGUAAAGGUGGAGACUGUUUGCUGAUAUUCUUGGGUCAUAUGCCAGUGUUUGAUGUGUACCGGAUCCUGGCGCGGAGUCCAAAAUGGAGCUACUGGUUGAAGGACGUCGACCAAUUCGUAUCACCUUACCACGAUUCUCGGGAUCCAGAAAAAGAAAUCAAAAGAAUGAUGACGUCUAUUGGGUUCACCGGCGUAGAGGUGAAGUGUAUAGGGAAGUCUUACAUUUACACCAGCGUUGAGGCUCUUAAAAGAGCAGUAAGUGCAGUGAGCCCCUUCAAACUACCAGCAGACAUGCAAGACAGCUUCUUAGAAGACUAUGUAAAAAUUGUGCGCGACAUGCAACUUAUUAAUCACGUAAACAAUAACAUUAACCAUGUAAACAUAAGCACCAACUAUCAUCUUCUAGUUGUCUAUGGCAAAAAGUAAAGCUAUAACAUUAAAAUGUCUAUCAAACAAAAGGCUGUAAAGGUACAAGUUACACACGAGAAAUGGAGCAACUUCUACUUGGCAACACGUAUAGAUCAAUCUGGAGCAAUUAUAGGAGCAAUCUGGAGCAUUUUCAACCAAAUUCGGCAAUUGUUACGGCAAAAUUUCUCCAAACAUUCCACACUGUUCAAUGUUCCUGACACAUAUUACCAAAAAUCUAUAAACAUUAGGGACGUAUUAGUAAAUUUUCUUGUCAUCUUACGUUGGUCUGUCGAUUUAUGGCGGUGUUUUGCUAGCAAGUACUGUUUAACUAAAUUUUUAAUGCAUUAUUAUAUCGCCCAGUUGUUCUAAAUUGAUCCAUAUUACUCCAUCUUCUUCAACACGGUGUUGGUUCAACUUUGGCAUUUCCAAGUAUUUCAGUAAAUUGUUUCAUAUAAUUGUGAAGUCAUAAGUAGUCCAUAUUGCCUAUGAAUGGAGCGAUUUUAAUGGCCCAUGAUAGUGCAUCUUUAUGUAGAGACAUUUCGGCUAUUAUGUUAUUUGCAUUAAUGUCUUCCUUGCUUAGAAACUGUUGCUCGUUUUUGAGAAACUCUGCUUACGAUUGUAACAGUUUUAAAAUCCAUUUAAUUAAUUUUUACCCUUAGCUUAGUUGUCUUUAUUAGUAAAUCUUCAAGCGUCUACAGUUCGUUGAGUCUUUAAAAUGUUACCGUUUGGCCGAUCAAUUAAAGAAUACAAUAAAUAAGUUAUGACAACUUGUAUUGUAAACACCUACUAGUACAAUUUUAAUAUUACUGAUUUUUAAGUUUAAAUUCAUUAUUGCGUAAGUAGCUAAUAAUGUAAAGCUUGUGUAUGGCAAAGCAUGAUCUGACAAAAAUGUUGAUAUACAAAAGCUUUUGGAUAACUUUUCUAGUUAACGAAAGUCACGCCAGAGUUAUUAUAUAAUGUAUAUAUGUAUUAGUACAUAUAUAUAUAUAAUUAAUACACAGACAGUGUGAUAUUCCAUACUGACUACUUACUACAUAAUGGAUAAUGAACGAAAUGUAUAGAGUGGUUUGGUCUCAGGAUACUGAACAAUCAUACCAAUGGCGAUUAUUUUUAAGAGACGUGAUAGCCCAGUGAAAAUAACCUCUGGCUUCGAUUCGGAGGCGUUCGAAUCUGGUCCGGGGCUUGCACCUCCAACUUUUCAGUUUUGUGUAUUUUGAGAAAUUAAAUAUCACGUGUCUCAACGGUGAAGGACAAAAAUCGUGAGGAAACCUGCAUACCUGAGAUUUUUCUUAAUUCUCUGCGUGUGUGAAGUCUGCCAAUCCGUAUUGGGCUAGUGUGGUGGACUAUUGGCCUAACCCCUAAGCCGAAUAGGUUGAUAAUGAAUACAACGCAAAAUGGAAUAAAACACAAAAUUGUGCAUGUGUGCGCUCAGUGGAGUAGAUAAAUUCUGUUCAUUUUAAACGGUGAUUUUGUAGACAGGUAACAUGUCUAAUAGUAUAAAAUCGAUGUUGAUAAUGAAGAAAAUUUAAGCUCAUUUGUUACUUUGAUUAAAGAUAAUUUAUAUAAACCCUUGAUUUUUAAACAUUAAUAAAAUUAAGGAGCGCCGAAUGUGCAUGGCACAAAUAAUCCUGACUAAUCAUAAACGAACGGCGUGUGGUAUAUAUUUACACACAAGUCCAUGAGAAUUAUUAUCUCAUUAAACAAACCACCAAUUAGUUUUAGCAAUUGUUAUUAAUUAUUAGGAUUUUAUAAUGUUAACAUAAUAAGUCCUUUAUUGUUAUUUAUAAUACAUGUAGUAGGUAAAAUAAGUUGAUGUAAGAUUAUAACAAAAAUCUAUAAAGUAUUAUAAGUAUUUAUAAAUAUAUUACUAUAAAAUGAUUAAAGACACUAUUAAGACUA